UUAUCAUUAUCAACUCACGACUUAUGCAUAUAUACGGUAUAUAUGUACAUGUACAGUGUCUAUAUUCACUUGUAAAUUGUCUCAUCUCAAUCCUAAACUUGAAACAUGAUGAUGCCAAGGAUGAUGCUGUGUCUAAUGUUUUUGCUUCUGGCAAGUGUAAACGGAAAAGCAGUGAAAAAUCUGGUGACUGAUCAUGAAGAAUAUACAGCAGGAAAAUGUUUAGCAGGAUACUAUUGUCCCACGGGUUCACUCAUUCCAUUGCAAUGUCCCCAAGGUCACUAUUGCCCUGAGGGUAGCACUGUCCUCAUAACCUGUCCCUCAGGACACUAUUGCCCCCAGGGUAGCACUGCUCCUACAGGUUGUCCCUCAGGUUUUUAUUGUCCCAGGGAGGGUAAUGCUUCACCCAUAGCUUGUCCCAUAGGCUACUUUUGCCCCCAAGGAAGUACCACCCCCACACCAUGCCCUAUAGGUACAUAUAGUGACAACACACAUAUUGAUAGUAUUGGCAGUUGCAUAAUGUGUGCACAAGGUUUCUACUGUAGAGAUAUGGGACAGACUGCCCCAACUGGAUCAUGUGAUGCUGGUUACUACUGUCCAGUAGGCUCUACUGUUCCAAACCCAGUUGACACCAUCUGUCCCACAGGAACGUUCUGUCCCCAAGGCAGUGGUGCCCCUACAGCAUGCCCUGCUGGUUACUACUGUCCUAAAGGGAAGCCAAGCGCCUCAACCAACAUUUUAGAAGUAACUAUUAGAACUUUCUAGAAAGAAGAUAAUGAUGAAUGGAGAACAAGGCCUAUAUUCAUGGACAUGUGACAAUUAAUUAACUCAUAAUGCACACAGCAUGCCU